AUGCUCCCGCGGACACCAGCAGGAGUCGCAAAUGACGGGAUUGCGCCGCCAAACACGACACUGAUUCCUGUGCUUCUAGGCUGUGGGCUGAAUUGGGCCUCGUUUGUUGCGUCACACCCGUUCGAGGUGAAAGGUCUGACUUCCGCGCUCGUCGCCGGUGGGGGUGGCGACAGGAAAGGGACUGGGGAGCAGAACGCACUUGUGCUGGCGCAACUGCCAGUGGCCUCCGUAGUGACUUCUCGUGCUGUCCUUGAAAGGACCUUCACAAAGUCGAUGGUGCACCCCUUGGCAAGUCCGGACGUGAUGCGCAGAGUGGAGCACAUCGCCACUGUGUGGUGCCUGCAUCCGUCCUCGGUGUACACGGCGACGCUGAGCUGGUCGACGGAGGGGAGCGAAAGCGUGAGCACCACGACAGUGGAGCUGAAGGUGCAAACGGAGGACUGGUGCGCGCCACUGGACUUGCGCGCGGUAGUGCUGCAUGUACUGGACCACGGUUCUCUUCUCUUCCAUCCCGAAUUCACGCGCUGCAUCCUUGCACAGGGCGCGGAGAGGUUCAUGUUUUAUCUACCGCCGAACCCCCUGGAAGCCACCACAGCUCUCCCGUUCAUGCUGGAGAUGUGGUACAACGGACUUUUCUCACUGCCGGAGUCCCUGAGAUUAGGACCACAGCACACGGCGAUGUUUUUCUUACUCGCCAACGGCAACACACGCUACACGCUGGACCUCGCACCGGAAUCACCCACCGCGCCGGUCACCUCGUCGACCCACCAGCACGACACGGGGACUUCAGAGCCUGCAACACACCGCGAGGCCACGGUGCCAUUGUAUCCUUGGCGUUGCCAGAGCAAGGUUCGGCGCGUCAUCCGUUCCGGCGCGUACGCGGUAGUUGUCCACGAUAACCCUGCUGGUGUCAUGGAAUGCCUGCAGCGGGCGUACUCCUAUCACGGACACAACAAGAGAAGCACGUGGCUUAACGACGUUUUCAUCAGUCUUAUGGGUCAGUGCAGCACCAGGAGCAUGGCGUCCAGCACAGACGCCGCCGCCUCGCAGGCUGCCGAGUCGGACAAGCCACACAGCGUGCGACUUCUGUGCAUUGAACUGGUGGAGAAGGCAACGGGUGAAGUAAUGGCGGGCUGCUGUGGCAUAGCGGUGGGGCGUGCCUACCACGACUACACCAUGUAUACGCUGCGGCGGUCCAAGGAGAGCCUCGGCACCUUCUUGACCAAACUUAUCGGCGAGGCGUUGCAACAGUGUGGGUACACCCUUUGGUACUGGGGGUUCUGCGUAGAGUACAUGCAACAGUACGAGCGGCACUUUGGCGCCGUCGAAAUGCCGCGGGACGUCUUUUACCGUCGCUGGGUUGCAGCACGCGACGCUGUGCCCGAAUUGACCAUUGCGACUUACCUACAGUCUCACAGGGGGAUGGUGCCUUACUACGAAAAGACCAGCACGCUGGCCCAUAGUCAAUCCUAG